GUAACUCAUCCUUAAUUCCACUGCUGAUGUACUCGACGUAGCUAACAUAUAGGCUAAUGCCUGCACAUCCGGAUAUAUCUCAAAGGAAUAAGAUGGUGGUCUUUGCAACGCUUCUUGACCACAGACGCCAAAUGUUACGAUGUUAGUUCGCACUUGGCCAGUUCUUCCCUUGAGAUAUCUUUCGCGAAGGUCUCCCUCGCAACACGCAGCAUCCCUUAUGAUGCUAUCUGUCGGUCAUCAACACCUAAAGACACAGUGAUGGGGCCGAUUUUUGAUUCGACAUGAGCACCCAAACUGGAUGUCGAUGGAGUCUCUGAAUGCCGUCGAACUCCGCGUACUGGGGGAUGGGGGCAGAAAACAUUCACACCAGGCCUCGUCAGGACCACGGACAGCAGCAGGUAUCGAGAAUGCGUCUUUUCAGAACGAGGAGCAGGAGGCACGGGUCCGAAUUACCUCCGAAAUGGUUAGUCAAAUGUCCAAAUCCCAUGAUAGAGAACAGAUCAAUCCCCAGCCUUUCCAUCGGGAAGUACCAUCACCUCGCACUGAUGAAGAACCGGAAACCGAAUAUAAUGACCACUCGGUGGACUAUGGGUUUAUUUUUGCCUUGGUGUUUCUUGUAAGCGGAAUAGUCUUGGUAGUUAUAGCUUACACUAUCCCAAGAGAGGCUAAAGUUAACCCGGACCAAGUGACAGCUCGCCAGAUGGAAAAAUUAGAGAUGUACUAUGCACAACUCGGUUCUCACCUAGAUAAAUGUAUCAUUGCGGGACUUGGUUUGCUUACCCUUGGUGGUAUGCUCUUAUCCAUUUUACUAAUGGUGUCUAUAUGCAAAGGAGAGCUUUAUCGUCGGAGGACUUUUGCAAUGUCAAGAAGGCCUAUGAAAUCGUAUGGCUCUAUAAAUAUGAGGCUGAGACAGUUAGCGGAAGGAGACGGGAGGGAUACUCUCGUGGAAUGUGAAACAAGCACCAACUCCGACGUACCGAUCGCCGAGGGGAUACAGCUCGGAACACGCACCCAGUAGCACAGCCUUACGAUGUAACUAAAGAUAUUUCGGGUAGUUCACUCAGAACACGGUAAAAAAUACGGUAAAGAGAAAACAAAGGAAAAUCAACAAGGAAGUCUACGUAAAAUUGUGAACGUAUCCUAUGCCGGGAAGCACACUAUGUUGUAGUAUAUUAAUUAAUAUGCUGCAAAACUAAACGUCAUUAGCAUCUUUAUACAACUUGAGAAAAUGUGAAAUAACUAAC